GAAACGGCGUCGUCUCGUAGUAAUCCACCACUCACCGUGCGCCUUUAUUUUCUUUCCUCUUUUCUUUUGGAAUAUGCACGAUCGACCUCUGUGCUUCUUUCUUUUCCUUUUUUUUUUUCUCAAAAUUCUUCGCCGCUUCAACGGAUGAUCCACAGGCCUACAAUUCCUGACUUUGACCGCCGCCUCGUACGCAGCCGCCGCUUCGUUCGAUGACCGUCGUCGCCGACGCCGCUUCGUUCGAUGCCCACCGCCCCUGUCGCCAACGUCAGUUCCCACCUUUUUUUCCUCCAAUUGCAGGCUUCUCCACUUUCGAUCUCAUCCGCAAUUGGAUUACUCUGACUUGUGGGCUCGUAAUUUUUGGGUGCACAACCUUUUUCUCCAAUUCUCCCAGUUUCUAUUCCCAUGGCAUUCAUUCUAUUAUCUUCCUCCUCUUCUUCUCCACCCCUUUUCUGCUACCAACUUGCCAGGUUUUAUGCUCUUUUGCUCCCGAUUUGUUCGAUAAAACUUUUCCCUCUUGUUUUGCUCUUCCUGUCGGUCCUCCGGUCACCUCCACCGACGCUUGCAGUCGAGCUAAGGCAGAGAGAGAGAGGAGAGCUACAAAUCAUCUUACAUAUUUUCGGUGAGGCUGAUGGAGAUGAACUUGAAAUGGAUGAUGACGAAGAUGAUGAGAUGUUAUAUUCGAAGCUGUUUCCCUUUUCUUUGAGGAUCUUGAGCAGCUUCUCAACAAUUUGGCCCUUGCCAUAUUUAACUAGGUUGAUGCUCAUUUUCACGACUUCAGCCGUAGCACUUUCAGUAUAGGUGCAAAGAGGGUGAAUAGUUUGUGUGUUGCCCUCAGAAACUUUUGUAAAAAGAACAACUUCGACGGGUGAGUUCAACCUUAUCUUAAUCAGAAAUUAUUAAUGUCAUCGAUGAAAUUGUCUAUUGGCACAAGAUAUUGGCUGGUUUAUUGCUGAUAAAAUACAUGUUAGCUAUGUUAGUAGUUGUGCCUAAUGGAUUGACUAUAUGCUAUACAAUUUAUU